AUGCAUCGACUCCCGGGCGCCUUGCUGCUGUUUGGCUUACUCCUGGUAGUGGCCAUCCAUGCGGAGAAGGAUGACCGACUUGAGACUGAGCAGAUUCCAACCAUAUUUCAAGACCCGCUACAGCAUCUAGGCUUCGCCUGGAAGGACAUCAGCUCAUGGACAGACAAAGCCGCGAAAGACGUCAAGCAUGAACUCGACAAAGUCGACCCAGGUGACGCCGGGAAGUUGGUGCACCAAGCAGGCCACGAUAUCGGAUCCUGGACACAGCAAGCUGUAAAAGAUAUCAAGGCCGAAACAGAUAAGAUCGACCUUACUGUGCCGAAUGAGUGGAUCCGUGGCGCAGCCGCCGAUGUGAAGAAGGCGAUCGGCAACCUGGACGAAUCUGCUCUCCAGGAAUGGCUGAAGCAGGCUAGUAAAGAGGUUGGCCUAGAUGGUACACUCGAUGAUCUACAGGCCGUGAAGCUGGAAGAGCUACCUGCGGAAGCUUGGAACUUCAUCGAAGAGAAUCCUGGCCAGACAGCUUUCUAUAUCGUCGAAGGCAUUGUCUUCAUUGCGCCUGGAGCUGUUAACGGUCCCUUGCUCAAUGUGGUGGGUUUCGGCGCUCAUGGUGUCAGGGCCGAAGACGUUUGGUGGGCUCGUGCCAGCUGGAAGUUGGUUUGCUCGUCUCAUGAGCGCGCAGAUGGGAGAACGUGGGGCAGCUCUCGUGAGUGGCGUGACUCGAGCUGCGGAGCGAUCGCUGGUGCUUUCAAAGUCGUUUCGGAGCAGAUUAAGCCAGGUCAUUUUCCUGGGGAGGAGGAGAGGGAGGAAGAGAAAGUGAAGACUGAGCUGUAA